AUGGCCAUGCCACCACCUGCACCGACGAUCCCAUCGCUCAAGAAAUCGUUCCUCACCUCGCAAGCCGCCCUCCUUGCGCAGCCGCUAGCGCCGUCGCGAAGCUGGCACGACUCCAACGACGCGUCCGACAAGCCCAUACCGUCGCGCCUUCUCGACAGUGCCUUGGCCUCGCUCAACCAGACGAUCCAGCGGCAUGCGCGUCGUGUGUAUCCGCCACAAGCUGCGCAAAAUGUUGCCCUGCAGAUUGAGAGUGCGUACCUGCGCGAGGCGGAACGCAGAGUCGGCGGCGAAGCGGAGGACGAUGGACUGAGCCGUGACAUCGACCUCAGUACGUGCCAUUCAACCCGAGACGGGAGGUCGGUGUCGAUGGAGAAUGCUGACACGGCACCGGUAGCGGAGGAAGAUGUCAUCGAAGCUCUGCCCGAAUCCUGGCCGUCGGAAAGAGACGUCUUGGAGUACCCCAUGGAGGCGAAGCGAUACGCCGACGCUGUUGGUCGGCUUGCCGAGCUGAGUGAGAGGCGCAAAGGGCUGGCGCAAAGAGUUGAAAGACUUGGUCGCCUCAAAGCAGCCGUCGACCCGUUUCAAACUACCGAUAGCACCGGCGCAGGCAUCCAAGAAAAUCUCAUCACGCGCGACGGUGCCGUCGAGAAGGAACUCGAGCGGAUGCGUGUCCUCCUCGCCAGGGUUGCCGGUCGCAUCGGCGACCUUCGGGACAGACGGUCCGGCGACGGCAAAGUAGACCUAGCGGCGCUAGGAAGCGCGCGGAAGCGAAACGUCGACGAGUUUUUGGCCGAUUCGCGCGUCUUUCCAUCCUGA